AUGUCAAUCACCAAAAUCACUACUCUUCUCAUGAUGAUUUUCCUUCUUUUUCAUGCAUGUAAUGCUCGCUCACUUGGUAUAAUGAACAAGAAUGAAGAGAAACCAAAUGUUGCUAGGGUUCCUAGUACUCCAUCGGAUGUAAAAUCAAAACACUCAUCAUCAAAGCCAAAUAAAAGUGUGAAGGAAAAUGAUGAAAAAGAUCAUCACUAUGGAGUUUCAGUUAGUUGGAAGGUUCAUCAACAGAAAAGGGAAGAUCCACCACCAGAGUUUAACCUAGAUUAUUUACCAGCAAGAACACACCCUCCAGUUCACAAUUAA